GAGUCGUCACGUGACUCAUAUCACCUGUUCUUAUUUCCACAUUUUAGGCCUACAUCUCGUUGGUGUUGUAACAUUUGGCCAAGGAUAUCUGGAAACAUUUUCACAUAAGGCAUAAUUAUAAACUCCAUGGAGGUUUUCUUAACAAUAGCGCUGAUGUCGGCUACAACUGUCUCUGACUACCCAUUCCGUAACACAUCACUGCCAUGGAAAGAUAGAGUAGAUGACUUAGUGAGUCGGCUCACCAUGGAGGAAAUUAAAGAACAGAUGUCGCGUGGAGGGGCGGGUCCAAACGGGGGACCAGCCCCGGCUAUCCCUCGUCUUGGUAUCAAGCCAUAUUCAUGGGACACUGAGUGUUUGCGAGGUGACGCAGGAGCCGGAAACGCUACUUCCUUCCCACAAGCCAUUGGUCUAGCUGCAACUUUCAGCCCUUCGCUAGUCUUCAGUGUGGCUGAGGCUACCGGUAUAGAGGUCCGUGCGAAGUUUAACGACUACAUGAAACAUGGAUUGUAUGGAGACCACAGGGGAAUUAGCUGCUUCAGUCCAGUCAUCAACAUCAUGCGGGAUCCCAGAUGGGGUCGUAACCAGGAAACGUACGGUGAAGAUCCUAUUCUGAGUGGAAUGUUAGCAGAACACUUCGUGAAGGGUCUCCAGGGAAACAACUCCAGGUUCAUCCGGGCCAAUGCCGGCUGUAAACACUUCGACGUGCAUGGGGGACCCGAGAAUAUUCCUGUAUCUAGGUUCUCGUUUGAUGCCAAGGUGUCUGAAAGUGACUGGAGGAUGACGUUCUUACCACAGUUCAAGGCGUGCGUUAAGGCCGGGUCAUACAACCUGAUGUGUAGUUACAACAGAAUAAAUGGAGUACCUUCCUGUGCUAAUGAAAAGCUGUUGACCACAAUUCUGCGAGACGAAUGGAAUUUUUCUGGCUACAUCAUCAGCGAUGGGUCAGCCAUUGAGAACAUCAUCACCUGGCACCACUACCUGAACACAUCUGCUGAGACGGCAGCGGCGUGCAUCAAAGCUGGCUGCAACCUCGAGUUGUCGUCCAAUGCUGCGGAUCCUGUGUACUAUGCAAUGCUUGACGCCAUCAAACAAGGUUUGCUGACUGAAGACGUAGUUCGAGAUCGCGUCAAGCCACUGUUCUACACGAGGAUGAGGCUGGGGGAGUUUGAUCCACCCGACGACAAUCCAUACACCAAACUGGAUCUGUCAGUCUUACAGAGCAAAGCGCACCAGGAACUGUCUCUUAAAGCAGCCAUGCAGUCAUUUGUCUUACUGCAAAACAAGAAUGGGUUUCUUCCGCUCAAGAAAACAGUGUAUGACAAAAUAGCCAUUAUUGGUCCAAUGGCCAAUAACAUUGAACAGCUGUUUGGCGACUAUACCCCGACUAUCGAUCCAUCAGUGACGACGACGCCUUUACAAGGACUGAAGGAACUUGGCAAAGAGUUCAGCUACGCUCCUGGUUGUGACUCUAAUGCCUGCACCAAGUACUAUUCAGCCGAGAUUGAGAAGACAGUUACUGGAGCUGAUGUCAUAUUUGCAUGUCUGGGAACAGGACAAAUUCUGGAACGGGAAGGGCAUGAUCGGGCUGACUUAGAAUGGCCAGGAAAACAACUUCAAGUCAUUCAAGACGCUGUCAAAUACGGUAAAGGAGCACCACUGAUCGUGUUUCUGUUCAACGCCGGACCUAUGAACUUAACUUGGGCCUACAAUAACGACGACGUCAGCGCCAUGUUUGAAGUGUUCUUCCCGGCUCAGGCGACUGGCGAGGCGAUGAGGAGAAUUCUCACCAACCAACAAGAUGGCGAUGUCCCGGCCGGAAGACUUCCCAACACGUGGCCCAAAUACAUCGAUGACGUACCCCCUAUCACAGACUACACGAUGGAAGGAAGGACGUAUCGCUAUUUUAAAGGAGAGGUCUACUACCCAUUUGGCUUCGGCUUGUCGUAUACAACCUUUAAAUACGUUGCUAUGAUAUAUCCCGUUCUCGUGAAGGCCGGGCAGAACAUGUCUGUGGAGAUCGCGGUUGAAAACACUGGGGACUAUGACGCUGAUGAGGUAGUCCAGGUCUACAUCUGGUGGCCAAAAGUAUCUGUUACUGUUCCUCAGUUACAACUGGUUUAUGUCGAUCGAGUCAGAAUUACCAAAUGGACAUAUGUAGAAGUAAAGUUUACCAUCCCAGCGGAGAGAUUGGCGGUGUGGUACGAUGCAGUGGGAUGGGUCAUAGAAGAAGGUUCUUAUGGUAUCUCCUGUGGUGGACAACAACCGAACCAGAAGGUGAAGGUCAAUUCUAACGUGAUUACCGGAGAGUUCACAGUUACUGGAACAGCCUUCUUGGGAAUGUCCUAAAAUGUGGACGAAACCUGGUCCAAUGACAAGACGUUUUGAAGACCUCCAUAAACAAUUAGCUAAAUAUCCUGAAAUUUGUAUGAGUAUGUAUCUUUAAUGUCGUCCUCUUGUGGAAAUGAAAAUGUUUUUGUUAGGUAAAUAAAUCAGAAGCUAAAAAUA